AAUACUAGAUAGCUGAUAGUAUUAGAAAAUUUCAAAAUUUGUUUAUUUUUUAUAUUUGAGAUAUUGAGAUUGUAUUAACUAUUUAGUAGUAACUAGUAAGUAGUACAAUAACUACAAAAGUAGUAAAUACUUAAAUCGCACUAAAUACUACCAGUUAAAAUCGUGGUUGCUGUCCAGUAUCUGGAAAUCAAAUUGCAUAUUUUUCUGUUGGCAUUCGACCGUUUUUCAUGAUCUGUAUUUACUAUUUUUCAUUUAUUAUUAGUUGGCAAUUAGUAUUAAAGUCUACGAUUUGAUGUUAAAAAAAUGUUUACUUGUUCAAUUUGUAAUGAGACAUUUAUUGGAAUUCACCAAGGCUCUACUUUUACAACACAAUGUGGCCAUGUUUUUCAUCAUCAAUGUGUUAUGACAUGGUUAGAAAGAUCACAGACUUGUCCACAUUGUCGUUCACCGGUAUCAGAAAAUAAAUUAGUUAAAUUAUUUUUACAAUUUGACCCUAACGCUCAAGUAUCAUGGGAUAGAAAAACUGAUGAAGAAAUAAAUAAACUAAAGGAACAAUUAAAAGCUUUAAAGGAGAAAGAAUCCCAUCAUGCUAGUUCUAUCUAUGAUCUGCAACUUCAACUAAAUCUUGCAAGUACUGCUUCAAAAAAAAGCAAAGAAUUUAUUGAUAAACUUCAAAAUGAAUUCGAAAAUCAAAUUAAAAAAAAUUGUGAAAUUGCUGCUAAUCUAAAAGUAAUAAAUGAAGAAUAUAAUGCAUUGGAAACUGAAAAAAAGCAGUUAAAAUUAAAAUAUUUAGAACAAAAAACAGAAGUUCAAUCGCUUCAAAAAAAUCUUUAUAAUUUACAGUCAGCAAAUUCAGUUAUUAUUGAUAAAUUAAAAAGUGAAAUAGCUGAUUUAAAAUCAGAAAAAGUAAAUUUUCAAAGCAGAUGUGAUAAUGUAGAAAAUACAGAUAUUGAUCAACCGUGUACAUCAAAGAUGUCAAUUGAAACUGAAAAUGCAAUAUUACUCCAAAAAACUAAAACUGAAUAUUAUGGACAUGAUCCUUGCUUAAUAAUAUCUGCCAAACAAUUUUUAUCAGGAUGUGUAUUUUUAAUUAUCGAACUCCAUGUUGAACAUGAAAGUAAAAUGUGCAAUGAUAUAACUAAAUCGAAGCUUGAUAUUAUUGCACAUGGUGGAUUAGUUGAACAAUUAUAUUCAGAUCGCAUUACACAUAUAAUUUGUUUGACCCAAAAACAUCAUAUAGUUGAACAAGGUAUAAAAGAUGGUAAAAGAUGUGUUACUGAUUUUUGGCUCAGAGAUAUCAUUACUAGAAAAAAAAUGAUUCCACCUUGGUUAGCUCAUCAUUUUCCUCUACCAUACAGUAUAAAUAACCAUUUGCCAUGUAAAAAUUUCAAAAUUGCAAUUGUUAAUUUUGAUCUAAAUGAAUAUUAUAGAAUUAAAACAAUGAUUGAACUAGUUAGUGGUGUUAUUACUGAAGAAAUUACCAAUGCUGAUAUUAUAGUUAGCAUGAAAUUAGAAGGUGAAUUAGUAGAAAAAUCUAUUAUAGACCGAGUGGUUAAUGUUCAAUGGAUAAAUGAUGUAUUUUUCGGGAAAAAAAUUGAUUUAAAUAAACCUGGAUGUCUAAAAUACAAACAAUUUGAUUUAUGUAAUCCAUUUAUAGUGAAUUAUGACAUGGUAUCACAUUUAAUGGAAGCUUGGAAAACUCCUUUAUUUUUUUAUAAACGAGUGUAUGAUUUGACUUCAAGUCCAGAUCAUUCUACACAAUUUAAAAAACAAAAAUCAAUAUCUGAAAACUCAAAAUCGAUAAAUUUAAUUGAUGAUGAAGUUAAUGACAAUGAUGUAGUCAUAACAUAUAUAAAAACCACACCAAAAUCAAAACCAAGUGUUAUGUUUUCUGGUUUUUCAACGGGUGAUAAAGAAAUACUUAAAAUGAUGUUACAUUUGGUUGGUGGUACAGUUGCAAGUAAUCUUUUUCAACCAACUCAUUUAGUCAUGAAUAAACCUAAAACUUCAUUAGAGUUUUUUAUUUGUCUUCCAACUGUUAGAUAUGUCGUCAACGAAAAUUGGUUAAGAGAUUCACAUACUGAUUUAAGAUUUCUAGAUGAAAGAGCAUAUUUAAUACAAAAUUUGCAAGAUAAACAUAUGGGGUUAUGUAAUGUACCGGCUAUUCUUGAUAACUAUAAGCGUCAUCAACUAUUUAGACGUUUAUCAUUCUUUAUUACUCCUGGAAUUACUUAUCCACCUGUUCAUCGCUUGGAGGAAAUCAUAUCUUCUGCUGGUGGUAUAGUUGAAAAAACAAGAAGAUCUUUGAAGUCAAUCCAAGAAACGCCAGCCUUUUCUUAUUUUAUAAUCUCAUGCCUAGAAGAUCAUUAUUUAUGCAAUGACUUAUCAGAUAUUCAUAAUGUUGUUUAUUUACCUGAAUUUAUAACAUGUUCACUCCUGGCGCAAAAAAUUCUAACACACAAGUUUACUAUGGAUAUGACUGCUCAAAACUAAAUAUUUCAACAUUUUUACUGUGUAUAAUAUUUAAGUGUUAAAUGUUUUAUUUAACAUCAAUUGGAGUUGAUGAUAUUUGAGAAUAAAACAUAUGUAUUGAUCUUCAUUCUUUUAUUUAAAUACUAUACAAAUAUGAGCUAUGUAUACAAUAUAAUUAGUCUUGCUACUAUUGUUAUAAGUUUUGAUAUUGUAACAGGCAUUGAAAAAUUAUAAAUAUUAUUCAAUUGGCUCAUGACUUGUAU